CCCACAUCAUGCAGCAAUGCUGCUGAGAUCAUGUCCGUGCUGUUCUUCCAUGUCAUGAGGUACAAACAGACGGACCCAGACAACCCGAACAACGACCGAUUCAUCCUCUACAAGGGUCAUGCUCUCCCAUCCUCUGCCACCUGGAUAGAGGUGGGCAACAUCAGCAGAUUCGACUUGCUGAGCAGAAGGAAAAUUGAGUUGGAUUUGGAGGAUCAUCCCACCCUGUCAAGACUGCCGUUUCUUGAUGUACAACCAACCAAAUGGCUUGGACAAGGACUGGGGGCUGCAUGCGGGAUGGCAUAUACUGGCAAGUACUUUGACAAGGCCAGCUACCGAGUGUUCUGCCUUGUGGGAGAUGGUGAGUGUUCGGAAGGCUCCGUCUGGGAGGCAUUGGCCUUCGCUUCCCACUACAAUCUGGACAACCUCGUGGCCAUCUUCGAUGUGAACCGCCUGGGCCACAGUGGCACCUUGCCCCUCGAGCACUGCAUAGACAUCUAUCAGAAGCGCUGCGAAGUCUUUGGGUGGAAUACUUUCACAGUGGAUGGCCGCGACGUGGAGGCUCUGUGCCAGGUGUUCUGGCAAGCAACUCAAGUGAAAAACAAACCCACUGCUAUAGUUGCGAAGACCUUCAAGGGCCGGGGAAUUCCAAACAUUGAAGAUGCAGAAAGUUGGCAUGGAAAGCCAAUGCCAAAAGAAAGAGCAGAUGCAAUUAUCAAACUAAUUGAGAGCCAAAUACAGACCAACAGGAAUGUCGAACCAAAACUCCCUGUUGAAGACGUGCCUCACAUCAACAUCUCGCACAUAGAGAUGACCUCUCCACCUUCUUACAACAUCGGUGACAGGGUAGCUACUCGGAAAGCAUGUGGUUUGGCUCUGGCUAAGAUAGGCCACAUAAAUGAUAGAGUCAUUGUGCUGGACAGUGACACCAAGAACUACACCUUCUCCGAGAUAUUCAAGAAGGAACACCCUGAGCGCUUCAUUGAGUGUUUCAUUGCUGAGCAAAACAUGGUGAGCGUGGCACUGGGAUGCUCCACCUAUGGUCGGACCAUUGCUUUUGCUAGCACCUUCGCUGCCUUUUUGACCCGAGCAUUUGAUCAGAUCCGGAUGGGGGCCAUCUCUGAAUCCAACAUCAAUCUUGUUGGGUCUCACUGUGGACUAUCCAUUGGUGAAAACAGCCUCUCCCAGAUGGCCCUGGAAGACCUGGCCAUGUUCCGAGCCAUUCCCAACUGCACCAUUUUCUAUCCAAGUGAUGCCAUCUCAACGGAGCAUGCAGUGUUCCUGGCAGCCAAUACGAAGGGAAUGUGCUACAUUCGGACCACCCGACCUGAAACUGAUGUUAUUUACACCCAACAAGAACAUUUUAAGAUUGGACAGGCCAAGGUCGUCCGCUACAGUGUCAAGGACCAGGUCACAGUUAUUGGAGCUGGAGUUACUCUGCAUGAAGCCUUAGCAGCUGCUGAGGAGCUUUCCAACCAAGGUAUUUUUAUCCGUGUCAUAGACCUGUUUACCAUUAAGCCCCUGGAUGCUACCACCAUCAUCGCCAGUGCAAAAUCCACAGGUGGCCACAUUAUCACAGUGGAGGAUCACCACCCAGAAGGUGGCAUCGGGGAGGCCGUCUGUGCAGCUGUUUCCAUGGAGCCUGGCAUCCAGGUCUGUCAGAUGGCAGUGCUAGGAGUGCCUCGGAGUGGACGUUCGAGUGAGCUGCUGGAUAUGUUUGGAAUUAGUGCCAAACACAUUAUUAUGGCUGUGAAAUGUAUUUUAAUGAACUAAAAUAUCUGUUGGCUUUGGUCUUAAAAUACCAGCCUCUUUACCAUACAGUAUACUUGUUGCCAAACCAUCAUUUAAAUCUAGACUGUGCUUCUUAAAAGCAAACCAAGUUAACUACCUUCCUCUUAAGCCAUAACUACAUAUACAAGUAACUCUUAUCUUUUAGUAAUAAAAGUAGGUUAUAAGAUUUUAAGUGACAAAACAGCUAACAAAACAACCACCUAGUAUCAAAUUUUCUGAUGAGACUACAAAUAGCUGGGCUGGGGAUCAUCAUUGGGCAACAGUUUCUUCAAUGUGUGUAUUUUCCUCAUAAGUCAAGAAAAUGUGAAGUUAUGUUGCAGCCGCCAGGUGGCGCAGCACUAUAGCACCAUGCUGCGCGCUGCUGUCCCAGGUGGGGAAUUCGUGUGCUACCAUCUUACCUCCCGCUUCCUGGGUUCUGUGUGACUGCAGUUGCCCUGGGAUUUCCUCUGGUGUCCGCCUUCCACUACCUUCCUAGAGUGCAGAGGCUGUGCAGCAGUGAAAGCUCUUUAGGAUGUCCUGUGCUACUUGUGAUGACUGCUGUGUGAUACAACUAGUUCUAGUCCCUACACUGCAUUCUGGUGAGAUCUGAGAAUGUCUCAUUUGCCCAGUAA